GAACGUUUUCCUUUUUAAUCUGUGCUUCUGGCUGAGAAUAGACAUUCAAGUUCUUUCCGAUUUCGAUUUUUUAUUUUAAAGGCUGGUUUUUCUUGAAUUAUCUAAAAUAAAAACAAGUUAUUUAUAUAGAUAAUAAAACAAAUUAUAUAUAAAAGACAUGGCUGCACAACUUUUCAACCGAAUCGGUCAGGUCGGCCUUGGCGUAGCACUUGUUGGUGGUGUUGUCAACUCUGCUCUAUAUAAUGUUGAUGGAGGUCACAGAGCUGUCAUCUUUGACAGAUUUGCGGGUGUCAAGAACUUGGUGGUUGGUGAGGGGACCCAUUUCUUCAUCCCUUGGGUGCAGAAGCCAAUCAUCUUUGACAUCCGAUCAAGACCUAGGAAUGUCCCCACUGUCACAGGCAGUAAAGAUCUUCAAAAUGUGAACAUCACCCUUCGUAUCCUGUUCCGGCCCGUGCCUGACCAGCUGCCCAAAAUCUACACUAUCCUCGGAAUAGACUAUGAUGAGAGAGUGCUUCCAUCCAUCACAUCAGAAGUAUUAAAAGCAGUUGUUGCCCAAUUUGAUGCAGGAGAACUCAUCACACAAAGAGAGGUUGUGUCACAAAAAGUCAAUGAAAGUUUAACUGAGAGAGCUGGUCAGUUUGGAUUGAUCUUAGACGACAUUUCCAUCACACACUUGACAUUUGGCAAAGAGUUCACGCAGGCCGUGGAGUUGAAGCAGGUUGCACAGCAAGAGGCAGAAAAGGCCAGAUUCCUCGUAGAGAAGGCUGAACAACAGAAAAAAGCUGCCGUUAUCGCCGCCGAAGGAGACGCGCAAGCCGCAGUACUCCUAGCAAAAUCGUUCGGAAGUGCUGGCGAGGGCCUCGUCGAACUUAGACGUAUCGAAGCCGCCGAAGAUAUUGCAUACCAGUUGUCGAAGUCCCGCAACGUAACCUACUUACCCCAAGGACAGAAUGUACUCUUAAAUCUCCCAACACAAAACUGAAGUACUUCCUAAGUUGUAAUAUACAAUGAGACUUGUCGCGGUGGAAGCUGGGGAUGUACAUUGCAUUUGUAUUUUAUUUACACACAUGCCUAUUGCGUUUAAUUAUAAUAAAGUGUAGUGUUAUUAAGUUUACGAGGACUCCACCAGAAACGCGUAGAUUGCGAUUAGUUAUAUGUUAAAUGUGGUUCAUUAAAAUAUACUUGUUGGAA